GAGAACCUGGCCACGCUGGAGCGCUACGUGGAGACGCAGGCCAAGGAGAACGCCUACGACCUGGAGGCCAACCUGGCCGUGCUGAAGCUGUACCAGUUCAACCCCGCCUUCUUCCAGACCGGGGUGACGGCGCAGAUCCUGCUCAAGGCGCUCACCAACCUGCCCCACACCGACUUCACCCUCUGCAAGUGCAUGAUCGACCAGGCUCACGUAUCCUGGGACACCCCAAAUCUGGGGGGGCACCCCAAAUCCGGGACACCCCAAACACAGGGAACCCCCAAAUCCAGGGGAAACCCCCCAAGGAACCCCCAAGGGUCUCUAGGGGGUGUCAGAGCCCCCCCCCAGACCCCGCUGUGCCCCCCAGAGUCGCAGCUGAGGGUGUGGAUGAGCAAAUACGGGUGGACGGAGCCAGAGCCGGGGCGGAUCCUGAUCUCCAACCAGGAGGAGAACAUCAAACCCAAGAACAUCGUGGAGAAGAUCGACUUCGACAGUGUGUCCAGCAUCAUGGCAUCCUCUCUCUGAGCCCCUCAGGAGCGAGCCCUCAACACGGACCCCCCAAUUCCAACCCCCCAACCCCGACCCUGCCCAGUUUAACCAGUAAAGAGGCUCCAAAGUGG